CAAACAUGGCGGACGAGCUCGUGGAAUAGUAAGGCAUGAUUUUUGGACAGUAAUGCUUCACCAUGAAUCCUUUGGGAAUGAACAUUCUUCGGUCGGUAGAGGCGUUUGUAAAAAUGAAUCGGUUAGCUUCCGGCUGUGCGACUUAUUCCGCAGUUUGUCGCCGGUGUAAAGUUAGAUGUCCCUCCCCACGUGCGCUCUUAAUAUCGAUCCGUGGCAGUGCCUCUACGACUUCUAUUACAAAUGCAGCAGAAAAGGAGGAAAAGACUGAUCCGCAGUCGAUUCUUAAAACUAAGACGAUAGGUACUGUAGAAGUGGAUUUACCCGACACCAAAAAGCAGGAAAUUUUGAAUCAGUUAAAUAGUAGAAGUCUAGAAGAGCUCUCAAACACCAAAGGAAUAGGAAAAGUUAAAGCAGUUUCCAUUAUUGAGUAUCGCAACAACUUUGGACCAUUUCAAAGUGUGGAGGAUCUUUUUCAAAUGAAAGGUUUUGGUGCAGCAUUCUUUAAAAAUCUUGAAGAUGCUGGUAGCUUAGCAGCUGUUAAGAGAAAGACAUCAAAAGGACUGGAGACCAUUUGGGAGCAGUUAGCACAGAAUAAAAAAGAUGUGAUUUCAGAAAUUGUGUCUAUAGAUAUUGGUUUCCAGAAUGCUGCUUGGGUCCAUAUGGACAAAGACAAGAAGGUCUUGGGUUGGUCACGAGCUGAAAUUAUAAAACCUAAACCUUACAAUCCAGCUGUCUUCCAACCUUUGGUUCAACAGUUUGUCAACAGAGUGCCCAAGACGGACAUCUAUGUGGUGGAGAUGCAAAGUCAUCGAAUUGGGAAGCAAACGGCAGCCCUUCUUCCCUUCGCAGUGCACUUGCGCGUGUUUGAAGCUAUGCUGACCUGUUUGUUGCCUGGAUUAGUGAUACCCUUUGAUCCGUUAUACACCUCUAAACAUUUUUGUCUUCCUGUGGGAAGAACCAAGAAGAGGGCGGCCGUGAAUUUGGUGGAGAGCUUGUUUCAGGACAGAAAAAACGAAGAACCCUUCGAGGCCCAAUGUGAGCAGUUUCUAAAAGAACAGCAAGGGAUGGAGGGCAGUGAAGAUUUUGUGGAGUCAUUCAUCGAUGGUCAGAUGAGUGGAUUUCCUGGAAAUAUUAGCAAACCUCUACUACAAGUAUCGCCAAAAUUUGUGAACUAUUUCAAAUCCUGUGACAAGAAGGACGAUUUGAGCGACUGUCUGCUACAAGCAUUGGCUUUUUAUGAUUUGGUGGUGAAAAACAGAAAACAGUCUCGAAUGUGAAAGUGGCUAGAUCUUCGCCGUGAAAUUUUAAGUUUUUCCCCAGGUUAUCUUAAUACUUUUUUUACCCUCAGUAGCGACCUAUGCGUACAAGCUCUGUAGUGAUCAAUUAAUGGUCAACUACAGAAUGUUCUCUUGAUGUAUUCCGAGCUCUUUUUUACUAUCUUUAAAGUGCACCUAAACCCAAAAUUUUUUUUCGCAUAACGAAGUAAGCUUAUGUUUUG